GCCCACGACCAUGCGAGAGCCGCAUCAGUUGCGACCCAGACCGCCGACACCACGGUCGCCAUCAACCACCAUGCCCAGGCCGCCGGCGAGUUCGCAAACGCUGCAAAGAGCACUACGAGCACCGAGGCUCUACGGACGUUGGCCCUCCUAGAGCAGCAUCACAAGCGCUUGGCCGAACUACUCAAGGUGCCAAUCGAGCCCACAAGUCAGCCAUCGAGUGUGGACAGUGACAUUCCUGAGGAAGAUGAGGAAAAGGCAUCAACAAGUCAGGAUGCCGUGAUCAAGUCAGCCAAAUCGGACAGGGCUGCACCGCCUUCGCUCGCCACACCACCCAGCGCAGCUAAACCCCUACCCACUCUUUCGCAACAUCCCAGAUACCGUCAGCGUGACCUUUCCUCGUCCAUUGCCAGCAAGCUUGCGUCAGCAAGAGGGAUAAGAUCGAGAUACCAAGGGCAGAGCCAACCGUUGAACCCCAGCGUGUCCAAUGAUCAGGCACCCGGCAACUUGGAAGUCCAUCCUCGGAACAGAGAGGGCUCGCUGAGGGGUGGAAGCAAGGGAAACGAAGUGUCUGAUAGAGCACAAAAACAACAGCCGAGCUGGGUACCUCCAGGGAAAACGUCACCAACCAAGGAAGAUGCGGCUGGUUCCUCUUCGAAACCUCAAGUAUCUGGUCCCGACUUACCUACAACUACCGACGACGGUUUUACAAGAUUUUACAGCACAUUCGGUAGUCUAAUCAACCGACUUUCCGCGCCUCUAGCCUUCGCCGGCCUUCCCUUGACAGCCGAGGACUCGCCGGACACGGCCAGCCCGGUGCUCUCCCCGGAGAUCGCGCCGCGCUCAGGGUCAAAACCGCCCCGGCAACCCAAAGCCACAACUGUUUCUGCCUCGAGCGACCCGGAUCUUACCAAAAUCUACUCCCGCGCGACUCUACGCACUCUUGCUCGCGAUGGCCACGCGCCUGCCGACUCGUUCUACGUGGUUCCAACCAGCGGCCACACUGCCUCCUAUGCCAGCAUCCUCAACCACGAGCAGAAGGAGAAGCGGCGCCUAGCCGCCUCGAUCCACGGCCACCGCGAUCACGGCAACGGUAAUCCCCUGGACGACCAGGAAGAGGAUGAGGACGAUUUUGUCGACGCUCGGGAGUCGCAAAUCCAGUCCCCGCCCGUUCUCCCACCAUCGUCCUCCUCGGCUGCUACAAACCCCUCGGCCUUCCGCAAGAGGCUAGGCAGGCCAAAGACAGAAAAGGAUCUGACCAACGUGAUCGAGGAGCUUCACAUGGAGAACCAAACGCUCAAGGAUGCGCUCGACAAGGUGAGCAGGCGGCUGCAUACGUUUGAGGUCCACUCGCAGACUUCAACGCUGGCGUUGGCGCAGAGUAUCCGGUUGCAGCAUCCUGGCACCGGCACUGGUGGUACCGCCGGUCACGGUUCGCCCAUCAAUGCUAGUGGCGUGAUGGGCGCUACCGCCCAGGGUGCUCGUCCGGAAGAGGUGGCGGCGCUCAAGAGAAGGAACAGAGAGUUGGAGGAGCAAAUGAUGAACAUGACGAGGCAAAUGGCGGUUAUGGAAAAGGAUUAUGACAAGCUGCAGAAGACGGUGGAGAAGUAUAGAGAGCGGUGGGAGCAGUUGAAAGCGGGAGCCAAGGCGAGGAGAGAGGCUCAACAGAGCUUGAGUGGACAGGGGAGUGGUGGAAAUCAAGGAGAGGGUGGUGGUGGUGGUGGUGGUGGUGAAGCUGCUUGA